AUGAAUAACAUACAAAUGCGUUUAUCAAUUUUGCUUACUGUUGUAUUAACAAUCUCUGUUGCUGAAGAUGUAACUGAAACAUGCGUUGAAUUAGAUGAGAAAGGUUGUGUAAAACAAAAAACCGGAUCAACUUGUGCUUCGACAAUUGUAAUUACUAAUUCGUAUUGUGUCUCAAAUGAAGGUUUUAUGAACAACAAAGAAAUCACAUCUAUUAAAUUUAUGGGCACUGAAAAAGCGGUUUCAAUUGGUCAUGAUGCUUUUAAUGGCGCAGAAAAUCUUGCCACUUUUGUAUCGAGUUCAAAGGGUAUAUCUUCACUUGGCAAUUCGUGUUUUAAAAGUUCUGGACUGACUCAUAUUGAUGUUUUAGGAACUUUAAUCAUUCCUUCAAAUUGUUUUGAAAAUUGUACAAAACUUGUUUCUGCAGCUGGUCUUAAUCUGGUGACUCACUUUGGGGCAUAUGCAUUUUCAGGAGCAGCUUUGAAGGAAAUAAAUUUCAUUGAAAAUCUUCAAUACUUAGGAGAAAACGCUUUCAAAGGAAAUAAACUUGAAACUUUGAAAAUGCCUCCAUCAAUUUUAUCAAUUGAAAAUGGAGUGUUCUCAGAUAACAAGGAUUUGACAUUUGUUGAUUAUAAUCAAAAUAUCCGAGUUUUUGAAUCUAUUUUCAGUGGUUGUUCGAAAUUACAAAAACUGGUUGGAAUGGAAAGUGUUGUUGUUAUCGAGCAAAACGCGUUCAAAGGAUGUGACAUGUUGGAAUCUAUUAAUUUGUACGAAUCUUUAUUACAAAUCAGUGAUAAUUUUGAAACAAUUAAAAACGUUUUCUUUCAUGGAGAUAAGGAAUUCAUCAAUGUUAAAAAUGAAUUUAAUUCUAAAAUAAAAGUGUACGUCAAGGAAAGUUAUCAAGCAACACAAUUUGGGCAUAUUGAUGUGAUAAAAGCAAAAUGUUCAACACUUCAAUAUGUCAACAUUACUCCAAGAGAAAGUGUUCAACCAAUUUCAAAUUCAGAAGAAUUGUUGUGUAAAACAUGCAGUGACACAACAAUGAGUAUUGACGGAGUUAACUAUUAUUGUGAAAUUGACAUGUCUUUGUGUAUUUCAACACAUUUAAAUUGUAGAGUUUGUAAAGAUGAUAUUUGUCAACAAUGUAAAGAUAAUUAUUAUGUCAAAGACAGACAAACUUGUGUUGAAACGUGUGGAGACAAAUACUACUCAGUUGAAUCGCCAAUUAAGAUCUGUUUGGAAUGUCCAGAGAAUUGUAAAACGUGUUCAGAUGGUACAACUUGCAACGCUUGUGAUGAUGGAAAAUUACUUAUUGAAGAUACAAAAAAGUGCACAGAAAAUGCCGAUUGUCCCUCUAAUUAUUACAAAGACAACGAUAACAAAAAGUGUGUCAAAUGCAAAAACAAUUGUCUGACAUGUGAAAACGAAAACAAGUGUCUUUCUUGUGUUGAUGGUUAUGUGAUAAGUGAAGAUCAAUGCAUUUCUUGUUCAUCAAUUCAAGGAUGCAGUAAAUGUUCUUCAAGUGACAUUUGUACCGAGUGCACCACUGAUAAUCUCCAACCAGACAAUAAAUCGUGUUUACCCACAUGCCCAACUGGUUAUUAUUCAUCAAACAAAGUUUGUAUGAAAUGUUCAGAUAACUGUGAUAGUUGUAAAGACGGAAAACAAUGUGAUAAAUGUAAAACUGAUUAUUUAUUAACUGAAGACACAAAGGUGUGUGUCGUUACGUGUUCUGAUGGGUAUUUCAAAUCAACUCAAGAAAAAAUGUGCAAAACUUGUCAAGAAGGAUGCAAAAGGUGUGCAACGAAAAAAGACUGUGAAGAAUGUAUGGACAACAUGUUAAAAGAAGAAGAAACCAAUUUAUGUGUUGAUCAAUGUAAAGAUGGGUAUUUUCAACACGAGAAGCAAUGCAAAAAGUGCGGCGACAAAUGUCAAAAAUGUCACAAUAAAACAUCAUGUGAUGUUUGUGAAGAAAAUGUUUAUUUACAAAAUGGUACUUGUGUUGAAAUAUGCCAAGAUAAUUAUUUUGAAUCAAACAGACAAUGUGAAAAGUGUAAAGACAAAAAUACAUACAAAACACCAUGCACAAAUUUUGAGUGUGAAGUUUGCACUGGAGGUCAGAGCAGUGCCACAAGAAAAUAUGUUAUAUUAUUUUUUUGCUAUGCUUCUGUCAUUUCUAAUCAAGAAAUUGAUAUAUUACAAAUCCUUCGAAUCCUAUCAAAUUUUUUUUUCAGUUCACACACACAACUUUUUUCAAAUUCAGUCUUUUUGUGGGUGUUACAAACAAAUUCUUUUGUUUCAGUCUCUCCAUAUUAUAACAAAACAAUAUUUCUAUUUUCUUUUACUUCAUCAUAA